UGGUAGUUUGACAAUUGACAUUGAACUUUCUAGCACAAUACUCGAAAAAUAAAAUCAAAUUUUAGGCCUAAUUCUGUUUCCCAGAGACACAAUAUAUCAAUUUUACGGAGUACAAAUUUACAAACCAAAGACUGCAAAUCCAAAGCUUUUGUUUGAAUAGAUUCUAUCAUAAACUAAAUGGCAGCUCCUUUAAUUGCUGGGAUGACUGUUGCCGCUGCUGCUCUUGCUGGUAGAUAUGGAAUUCAAGCUUGGCAAGCAUACAAGGCACGUCCACCAAGACCUCGAAAGUUUUUUGAAGGUGGUUUUCAACCCAAGAUGACCAGGAGGGAAGCGGCUCUUGUCCUUGGUAUAAGGGAGAGUGCAGCUGCAGAGAAGGUCAAGGAGGCUCAUAGAAAGGUAAUGAUUGCAAACCAUCCUGAUGCCGGUGGAAGCCAUUAUCUUGCCUCUAAGAUAAACGAAGCUAAGGACAUGAUGGUUGGGAAGCCCAAAGAUAGCGGCUCUGCAUUCUAAAUUUGUGUAGGAUAUUUGUUUUAACCCUCGCAAAUAAGAUUAUUUUCCUGUCCCUCCACCAAAACCUUCAAAGUCGGUGAAGGAUUUGGAAUUCCUUUGGAAAAGCAAAGGUGAAUGAGCAUAUACAGGUUGUUGUAGUUGGCUGCAAUUUUCAAACUUGUACACUAUUUGACUGGUGAAACACCAGAACUAUUUAUAUGAAUUGCUCUCAUUUUCUUGUCAUGUCAUGAUUGUUAUUGUAAUAUUGUAUUACUGCUAAGUUUAAGCUAUUUGGAACGGAAAUCUAUAUGAAAAUUUUACCAUUUAUUCUUGA